GAAGAGGGGUUUGUUCUAAAAUCUGCUUGCCUGGAGGGGCUAUCUGCACUGCAGUCUUUGGGUCUGGAAGCACUUGAAGUCCAGGAGCUGAGUGCUGGGAAAGCUUCAGGGAAGUUCCUCAGAAUUGCUAAAAGAAGAUUAUCUCCAGAACCUUCCUUCCCUGGGAGAGGAGAGUCUACACACUGUGAAACUCAAGAUGGUCCUGAGUGGGGCGCUGUGCUUUCGGAUGAAGGAUGCAGAAUUGAAGGUGCUUUAUCUGCAUGAUAACCAGCUUCUAGCUGGAAGGCUGCAUGCAGGGAACAUCAUCCAAGGCGAGGAGAUCAGUGUUGUCCCCAAUCGGUCUCUGGAUGCCAAGCUCUCUCCAGUCAUCCUGGGUGUCCAGGGAGGGAGCCAGUGCCUGUCAUGUGGGACAGGGCAGGAACCGACUCUGAAACUAGAGCCAGUAAAUAUCAUGGAGCUCUACCUCGGUGCCAAGGAAUCCAAGAGCUUCACUUUCUACCGGCGAGACACAGGGCUCACCUCCAGCUUUGAGUCAGCUGCCUACCCAGGCUGGUUCCUCUGCACUGUGCCGGAAGCAGACCAGCCUCUCAGACUCACCCAACUCUCAGAGGAUGCCAGCUGGGACAGCCCCAUCACGGACUUCUACUUCCAGCAGUGUGACUAGGGCAAUGUGCCCCCAGAACUCCCUGGGCAGAGACAGCUCAGGCAGGGGUGAAGGUGGAAGAGGACACUGAUGGCAGCCACCCCCUCUGCUCUCAGGGACCCCACCUCUGGCUGGGCAUUUGGCUACUCUCCCUUUUGGUUCCCAGUUUGGGUGAAUUCUUUUGUGAUUCGGGGCUUAGGCCACAGUUUCUUUCCCUGUUGGGUGCUGCUGCUCUCGUGGAACCUUGCAAAAACCAUAUGAGAUGAACUGGGAGUCACAUAAAAAGGUUCCUUACGGGUGCAGGGUGCAGGGAGAAAUCCUUCAUGCUUUAUGGUAACUCAGCCAGUACCCCUGAGCCCACAGGGCAGCCCAUCCCAGUUGAGCCUAUUAGGGCCACUAGCUGCCCACAUGAGGUCCUUUCGUGCACCACUGUGCAGGAGAGGGAGGUCAUAGAGUUAGGGGCACAAGGCCCAGCCCCUUCCCUCUUCCCUUUAACUCAGCUGACAUUGUAUGCUAUUUUUUUCCGUCCUAUCCUUGUGCUCUAGCCGUGGCAGGAGAGGGUGGUGGUGUGUGAGGAAGUGGCUCCAGCUCAGAAGACUGAAGAAUGGCCAGGCAGGCAUGUCAUACAUUCUGAGACCCGAGAUACCAUUAAAAUCCAAGAUGCGGUGUCCACUCACAUGGAAAGAUUCUCACGACGUAUUAAGUAAGGAGAGCAAAUUACAAAGCCGCAUAUCCUAUAAUUUCAUUUUAAUUAAAAAAAAAUGCCUAUCUAUAUAUUUCUGCAUAGAAAAAAGUCUGUAAGAGUUUCCUUCGAUUUUAGCAACGUCGGAGUGGUGGUAUCACAGGUGGUUUUUCUUUUUGUUCUUUUAUUUAUUUGCAUUUUCUAAUUGUUCUACAAUGAAGAUGGAUUCCUUGUGUAAUAAGUAAGUUAACCUUGAGGAAAACAGAGCAGACAGUAUUUCUGAUGGUCCUCCGCAUCCACUUCCUUGAGUAAAAUUCAUGUUGAAUUAAGGUCUGCUGCUCUGAGCAGCAGUAGUGAGAAUGAGAAAACAGACCUCAACAGAGCUGCCAAGAAAAAGAAUAUGAUGGGUUAGUUAGUGUGGUUGGAAUCUCCCGGAGAAGGAAUUUACAGAAAGAACCAUCCUGGACCUGGAGUGGUCACAACUCCCUGAGAUUUCAGGGUGUGGGUUUCAGCCUCCAAAGGGACCUGUGCUGGUUGAAUAGUGUUCCCCCCGGAUUCAUGUCCUUCUGGGAACCUUAGACCAUGACCUUAUUUGGAGUUGGGUUCUUUGCAGAUGCAAUUAGUCAAGAGGUCAUGUUGUAUUGGGGGAGGGGGGCGGCACGCUCUAAAUCCAACACGGCUGGUAUCCUUGCAAGAAGAGGAAAGGACAAACAGAGACCCAGAGGAGACCCAGGAAGAAGGCCAUGUGAAGAUGGAGGCUGAGAUUGCCCUCAUGCAGCAGUAAGGCAAGAAACGCCAUGACUGAGGCAAUCACCAGAAGUGAGGAAGAGGCAAAGAAGAAUUCUUUCCAAACCCUUCAGAAGGAGUAUGGCUCUCUAGUCUCCUGAACUGUGAGAGAACAAAUUUUUGUUGCUUUAAACCACCAACUUUGUGGGGAUUGGUUGUGGCAGCCCUAUGAAUUAACACAGCUGCCGAUGACCCCAUCUCACAGUGUGUGUGUCCCCUCCCACAUUGUACCCAUGUUGUCUCUGUGACCAACAGAACAUGGCAGAAAUAAUACUAUGCCAUUUCUGAGAUUUGGUUAUAAAAGACUGUAGAUUUUAUCUUGUUUUCUCUCUCUGUUUCUUUGUUCACUUGCUCUGGGGGGAAGUUAGCUGCCAUGGCAUAAGCAGCUCUGUAGAGAAACCCAUGUGUUGAAAAAUGAAGCCUCUUACCAACUGCCACAUGAGUGCAUUUGGAAGCAGCUGCCCCAGCCCCAGUCAGGCCUUCAGAUGAGGCGACCCUGGGGACAGCUUGACUGCCACCUCAGGAGAGACUCUGAAGCAGAACCACCUGGCUAAGCUGGUCUAGAUUCCCAACCCCCCAGAAACUGUGCGAGAAAAUACGUGUUUGUUGCUUUCAGUUGCUACGUUUCAGGGUCACUAGUUACACAGCAAUAGAUAACUAAUACACAGGAAAGAGAAAUAAACACAUUUCUUUUAUUAUGAUUGUAA